AUUCCGUUUUCGUUACGUCCAAUUUCAAAGUAACUCCUGACAAGUCUUCCUGGUCAUCUUCUCCUGAAAUUACAUUGUCAGCAUUCUCAAUCUUGUUCCGUCACUUGCCUCAGAAUUUUUCAGUCCUUACUUCCCUGACUCCCUCUCUGCUCUUCCGAAGACUAGGGUUGAUUGCACUUUCUUGGUCAAGCUGGAUAUGCACAGAGGAGACCGCCUUGGAAGCUCUCACUAUCGUCACUCCCGGGGUCCCUCAUGGUCGUCCGAUGAUCCCUUGACCUAUGGAAACCCCAGCCGUGGCCCAUCUAACUUCCGCUCCGCCGGAGCCGAAGGUCACUAUCGUUCUCUGGACAGUCCGCCAAGUCGGUCUCCUGGCAGAGGCGGUAGGUUCCGGCCACUUUAUGGUCCUAGUGGUUUCGGGUUUGAUAGUCAUCCUGUGCCACCGCAUUCUGGGCAGAAACGAGGCUUUCCUUUUUCUGGGCGUGGAGGGUCGCCAGAUCGUUUUGAUGGUAGAAGUUUUGCAAAACUUUAUGUUGGAUCUGUACCCCGGACUGCUACUGAAGAAGAUAUUCGCCCUUUGUUUGAGGAACAUGGAAAUGUGCUUGAGGUUGCUUUGAUUAAAGAUAGAAAAGCUGGGCAACAACAAGGUUAUUGCUUCAUUAAGUAUGCUACUUCAGAAGAAGCUGAUCAGGCAAUUAGAGCGUUGCACAAACAACAUACUCUUCCUGGAGGUGUAUGUCCAAUCCAAGUGAGAUAUGCUGAUGCUGAACAGGAACGUCUUGGUGCAACUGAGUACAAAUUAUUUGUGGGCUCUUUGAACAAACAAGCUACGGUAGAGGAAGUUGAGGAAAUUUUCUCAAAAUAUGGCCAGGUGGAAGAUGUGUGUCUCCUGCGUGAUGAGAAGAAGCAAAGCCGUGGACGCUGUUUUGUUAAAUACUCUCAUAGGGAUAUGGCACUGGCAGCUAUAAAUGCUCUUAACGGAAUUUAUACAAUGAAAGGUUGUGAUCAACCAUUAACUGUCCGGUUUGCUGAUCCAAAGAGACCUCGGCAAGGAGACUCAAGGGGUCCUGCUUUUCCCCGUCCAGGACUUGGUCCUAGAUUUGAAGCACCAGACUCAGGUCCUCCAUCAUAUGUUAAUGAACCUAAGUUGAUGCUGGCG